AUGGAGACCUCCACCAAAACAAUCCCAAAAACAAAGCACUCGCCCAUCCUCCCCACUCUCCCGCUGGAGAUCAUCGAGAUGAUCUGCGACGAGCUCAACACGCGCGACUUGGCCUCGUUGGUGGGAUCCUGUCGCGAUGCAUACAGAUUAACGAUUAAUUGCUUCGCGGAGAGAUAUACAGAGGUGUACUUGGACUUUUCUGAGCAUAGUUUGAACCAUCUCCAUGCGAUUGCCAGUAACAAGGUGAUGCGCGAGUAUGUGCAGCGAUUGGUGGUGAUGACGCCAGAGCCAUACCUGGGAGGCGAUAUUCCAUGGCAGUGGAGUGCAGCUGGCCAUGUGAAGAACGCACUGAAUAUGCCGCUCAUUCAAAGGUUUCGGGAUGAUCUGGCAGAGAGAUUGGUGAAUUGUCGGUCGUUUAUUAUUUCGCCGGUGGUUGGUGAUGCACCAGCGAAGGCGGAUGAUCAGAAACUCAACCCAGACGAUGUCGCUGGUAUUCUCCUCGAUGUCAUCGCCGAUGCAUCGCUGCCCAUGAAGCUAUUCUGGUACGGCAAAGGCAUGAACUACACGUCCGAAGUGAUGAACAUCAAACGACUUCCCAAAUCCCUCUUCAGCCAUCCUGGUUUCAAAACUGCCUGGGCGAGCCUCGAAAACCUCCACCUCGAACACGAACUCACGCCAUACAACUACUCCUUCCUCAUGGACCUCAUCCUCCACGCCCCCAACCUCCGCAAACUCUACCUCAGUCUCGGGCCGAAAGACCUGGCCAUGGAAUUCUUCUCCGACCUCAGCAGAUCAUAUACACUCAACAACCUCGAACGAGUCGCAUUAUCCUUCACAGCCAUCCAGGCAGACGAUCUCAUCCGCAUCCUGCAUCAAUCACGACAUAGUCUCAAACGACUCAUCCUCGAGGGCGUAACGGGCUUAACGGCUGGCUGGCUGACAGUGCUUCACAAAAUGCAAGCCCAGUUCCCGCGAUUAGAAAGUAUCGAGUUGAACAUGCUCUACGGGGCGGGAGAAGUCGUUCUCUUCACUGCCAUCAAGAACUAUCCAGAGCAGAAGAACAUGUUUACAUUACGUGCGUGUGACCAGCCAUGCGAGGGAAUGGGAAUUGAAAAGUCAGACAUAAUCGGCGUGACAUAUACAGGGCCAGAGAUGGGGACGGCGCUGGAGGUUCUCUUAAAGGUGCAGCAGGAUUCGAUGAGUUGA